UUGGCUCCCAGAGUGACUGAUUGAUCAGCUUUGGUGGACUUUGGAUCUGUGGUGCAAAUGGAGUAUAGGACUCAGUCGUCUCGGCCCGAGUGAGAGAAGCCUUAUGUCCAAAAUGGAGAAGAAGCGGAGAAAGAAAUGAAAGCCUUUCUUCGGGCCGAGCCACAAAAGGCCAUGGGAUUUAACUCUUAUUUACGUUGGACAAGACUGUAAGACGGCUGAUCAGUAAUAUUGCAGCUUUAUCUGAAACAAAAAUUCACUUCUAAUCAAGGAAGAAAAAAGUGCGAUUUGAAUUUAUGCAGUUUUUUGACCAUAUACAUUUGUGACCAUGAAGCUUGUCAACAUCUGGUUGCUUCUGCUAGUGGUUUUGCUCUGUGGAAAGAAACAUCUGGGUGACAGACUGGAAAAGAAAUCUUUUGAAAGGGCCCCAUGCCCUGGCUGUUCCCACCUGACUUUGAAGGUGGAAUUCUCAUCAACCGUUGUGGAACAUGAAUAUAUUGUGGCUUUCAAUGGAUACUUUACAGCCAAAGCUAGAAAUUCGUUUAUUUCAAGUGCCCUGAAAAGCAGUGAAGUAGACAAUUGGAGGAUCAUACCUCGAAACAAUCCAUCCAGUGACUACCCUAGUGAUUUUGAGGUGAUUCAGAUAAAAGAAAAGCAGAAAAUGGGGCUGCUGACACUCGAAGAUCAUCCACACAUCAAGCGGGUAACACCUCAGCGGAGAGUCCUUCGUUCCCUCAAGUGUGCUGAGCCUGACCCCAUAGUGCCCUGUAAUGAAACCCGAUGGAGUCAGAAGUGGCAAUCAUCACGUCCCCUGCGAAGAGCCAGUCUGUCCCUGGGCUCUGGCUUCUGGCAUGCUACAGGAAGACAUUCGAGUAGACGGUUGCUGAGAGCCAUUCCACGCCAGGUUGCCCAGACACUACAGGCAGAUGUGCUUUGGCAGAUGGGAUAUACAGGUGCUAACGUAAGAGUUGCUGUUUUUGACACUGGGCUGAGCGAGAAGCAUCCCCAUUUCAAAAAUGUGAAGGAGAGAACCAACUGGACCAAUGAGCGAACCCUGGAUGAUGGGUUGGGCCAUGGCACAUUCGUGGCAGGUGUGAUAGCCAGUAUGAGGGAAUGCCAAGGAUUUGCUCCAGAUGCAGAACUUCAUAUUUUCAGGGUCUUUACCAAUAAUCAGGUAUCUUACACAUCUUGGUUUUUGGAUGCCUUCAACUAUGCCAUCUUAAAGAAGAUCGAUGUGUUAAACCUCAGCAUUGGUGGUCCCGACUUCAUGGAUCAUCCCUUUGUUGACAAGGUGUGGGAAUUAACAGCUAACAACGUAAUCAUGGUUUCUGCUAUUGGCAACGAUGGACCUCUUUAUGGCACUCUGAAUAACCCUGCUGAUCAAAUGGAUGUGAUUGGAGUAGGUGGCAUUGACUUUGAAGAUAACAUCGCCCGCUUUUCUUCAAGGGGAAUGACUACCUGGGAACUACCAGGAGGCUACGGUCGUGUGAAGCCUGAUAUUGUCACCUAUGGUGCUGGAGUGCGGGGCUCCGGUGUGAAAGGGGGUUGCCGGGCCCUCUCGGGGACCAGUGUCGCCUCUCCAGUGGUUGCAGGCGCUGUCACCUUGUUAGUGAGCACAGUCCAGAAACGUGAGCUGGUAAAUCCUGCCAGUAUGAAGCAGGCCCUGAUUGCAUCAGCUCGGAGGCUUCCUGGUGUCAACAUGUUUGAGCAAGGCCAUGGCAAGCUUGAUCUGCUGAGAGCCUAUCAGAUCCUUAACAGCUACAAACCACAGGCGAGUUUGAGCCCCAGCUACAUAGAUCUGACCGAGUGUCCCUACAUGUGGCCCUACUGCUCCCAGCCCAUCUACUAUGGAGGAAUGCCAACAAUUGUUAAUGUCACCAUCCUCAACGGCAUGGGAGUCACAGGAAGAAUUGUAGAUAAGCCUGAUUGGCAGCCCUAUUUACCGCAGAACGGAGACAACAUUGAAGUCGCUUUCUCUUACUCUUCUGUGUUAUGGCCUUGGUCAGGCUACCUGGCCAUCUCCAUUUCUGUAACCAAGAAAGCGGCUUCCUGGGAAGGCAUUGCCCAGGGUCAUGUAAUGAUAACCGUGGCUUCCCCAGCAGAGAUGGAGUCAAAAAAUGGUGCAGAACAGACUUCCACGGUGAAGCUCCCGAUUAAGGUGAAGAUAAUUCCUACUCCGCCUCGAAGCAAGAGAGUUCUCUGGGAUCAGUACCACAAUCUCCGCUAUCCACCUGGCUAUUUCCCCAGGGACAAUUUAAGGAUGAAGAAUGACCCUCUGGACUGGAAUGGUGAUCACAUCCACACAAACUUCAGGGACAUGUACCAACAUUUGAGAAGCAUGGGCUACUUUGUGGAAGUCCUUGGCUCCCCCUUUACAUGUUUUGAUGCCAGUCAGUAUGGCACUUUGCUAAUGGUGGACAGCGAAGAGGAGUAUUUCCCUGAAGAGAUUGCCAAGUUGAGGAGGGACGUGGACAAUGGUCUUUCGCUCAUUGUCUUCAGUGACUGGUACAACACUUCCGUUAUGAGAAAAGUGAAGUUUUAUGAUGAAAACACAAGGCAGUGGUGGAUGCCGGAUACUGGAGGAGCUAAUAUCCCAGCUCUGAAUGAGCUUCUGUCUGUGUGGAAUAUGGCAUUCAGUGACGGCCUGUAUGAAGGGGAGUUUACCUUGGCAAACCACGACAUGUAUUAUGCGUCAGGAUGCAGCAUCGCUAAAUUCCCAGAAGAUGGCAUAGUGAUAACGCAGACUUUCAAGGAUCAAGGAUUGGAGGUUUUGAAACAGGAAACAGCAGUUGUUGAAAAUAUCCCCAUUUUGGGACUUUACCAGAUUCCAGCAGAGGGUGGCGGCCGGAUUGUACUAUAUGGAGACUCCAAUUGCUUAGAUGACAGUCACCGACAGAAAGACUGCUUUUGGCUGCUGGAUGCACUCCUGCAGUACACGUCGUAUGGGGUGACACCUCCCAGCCUCAGUCAUUCAGGGAACCGGCAGCGCCCUCCCAGUGGAGUGGGCUCUGUCACUCCAGAGAGGAUGGAAGGAAACCAUCUUCAUCGGUACUCCAAGGUUCUUGAGGCCCAUCUGGGAGACCCAAAACCUCGGCCUCUGCCAGCCUGUCCACACUUGUCUUGGGCCAAGCCACAGCCUUUAAAUGAGACAGCACCCAGUAAUCUUUGGAAACAUCAAAAGUUACUCUCCAUUGACCUGGACAAAGUGGUGUUACCCAACUUUCGAUCGAAUCGCCCUCAAGUGAGACCCUUGUCCCCUGGAGAAAGUGGUGCCUGGGACAUUCCUGGAGGGAUAAUGCCUGGCCGCUACAACCAGGAGGUGGGCCAGACCAUUCCUGUCUUUGCCUUCCUGGGAGCAAUGGUGGUCCUGGCCUUCUUUGUGGUACAAAUCAACAAGGCCAAGAGCAGGCCGAAGAGGCGGAAGCCCAGGGUGAAGCGCCCGCAGCUCAUGCAGCAGGUUCACCCACCAAAGACCCCUUCAGUGUGACAGUCAGACUGGCUGACCUGCUGACUGUCAGAGCUGAAGAGAGCCUUCAUGAACGCUUUGGUGGGCAAGUGGAAAUGUGGAGUUUCUAUGGGAGGCCGCCUGUUGAAAGGGAUCCAGUUUCCAGCUGUGGGUUUGUUGGAGUCUGUUCUAAAUGGUCCUCUCCUGUGAUGCUCGGGGGCUCAUGGAAUAUCUUGAAGUGUCUUGUGGCCUUGGGUCUGAGCAGGAGGGAUUGGUGGCUCAGCCCAGAGGAGGACUUCAUGCCAAGCAGCUGUGUGCACCAAAGAUGCAGAAAGCUUCGAGAGGCCAUCUGGGACCCUUCUGCAUGAGAGGGAGGAUGUACUUUUCAGACAAAUGGAACAACCCCGACCAAGCUAACAUAUGCUUGUUAAAGGCAAUUUUCUAUAUUUAUUGUGGGGAAAAAGUCACUUUAAAGACUUGUGCUAUUUGGAAGCAAAGCUAUUUUUUUUGUCAAUGGAUUGCAGUUUUUUACUAUUACAUUAUGACAAAUAACAUAGAUUCCAUGAUCUCUUUUUUGAUGAAAGAACAGACUGAAAUUUGAAGGAAACUUGCACAAAUCUGUGAAACAUAGACCUUCGCUUUAUUUUUAUAAGUAUCAACUGCCAUCAUGUUUUGUAAUUUGGGGUCUUGAUUUCACCAUCGUUGGUGAAGAAAAUUUUCAAUAAAUAUGUUACCUGUAUGAAGCUGAAAA